UCAAUUAACAUGUCUUCCACCAAACCUCCAAAUGAAAAUGCACCACCCACAGGGAGACAACCAGGACUGAAGAGUGUUCAGACAACUCUUCUCUUCCGAGCUGUGAACCCAGAGCUUUUCAUUAGGCCUAACAAAGCUGUGAUGGCAUUUGGACUGGUAGCUGUUAGCCUGUGUGUGGCCUACCUUGGCUACCUGCAUGCAACAGCAGAGAAUCACAAGGACCUCUCUGAAGCCAUCGACCCUGAGGGCUCCAGGCACAUCAGGAAGAAAACUUCCAAGUGGGACUGA